AUGACCAAAAUAAUACCAGUAAUUCGGACGAUUUUUGCAGUUUGCAUGAUACCAUGUAUAUAUGCAGAUGUAUUACUAGGAGGUGUUUCGCCAAGGAAGCAGAAGCGACUGCUAAAUAAAGCCAGACGUAAACUCUCGCAAGAUCCGCUGUUAUCACACGGACUGCCAGUUACAGACUUUGCACCAAUCCCAACAGAUUUGUUAAAUCCGGGCGUUAUUGAUCCACUUUUAAGCCCUCUAAGCCCUCUUGAUACUUUGCUGAAUGAACACCAAGGAUUACCACCAUUAGGAAUGGCAGCUCGACCUCCGGGAAUGGAUCCUGUUACAAGGGAUAUCAUAAACCGUAACAAAGCUAUAGGAACAAAAGAAGCCCUAAAACAAAAUAGACAGAUCAAAAAAGGAUUGCGCAGAGCCCGGAAACAAUUUAGACAAGAAAAAAGAGCGAGGAAGCAAAUAAGGAAGCAGGAAAGACUUCUGCGCAAGGGCUCUAAACCGGCAAACGGUCUUGGUUUACCACGUGACGUUAUUGGUGCAUCACACGACAUUAUUGGUUUACCACGUGACGUUAUUGGUGUGUCACAUGAUAUUGGUGUGCCACAUGACGUUAUUGGUUUACCGGCUCCAAUCUCGCCUCUUCAUCCGGGUCAUCAUAUCGCAGAGAAACUUUUAGUAAACGAUGCAUUAGAUAUCAAUAAAAAAAUCGCGAAGCAGGAUAGAAAGGCAAGAAGACAGAUUAAAAAACAACAAAAACUAAUGAAAAAAGCUGCGAAACAGGCUAACCUCAUUGCCGGAGGUUUGGAUGUAGUUCCUGUACCAGAACCCCUAGUACCACUUCACCCUGAUCAUCUGGCUGACAAGAUUCUAAUUAACGACGCUUUGCAUAAUAAUCAACAUUUGACAGAAUCAAUUAUGAUUAAUGAUGCUCUGAAUAAAAAACACAUAGCAGAGAAGAUUUUGGUUAAUGAUGCUUUGAACAAAGGCCAGUUAUUAGGAGUUGGGGGUGUUCAUAAUGCACACAACUCGCCACAGCAUGACACUCAUUUACAUAACGGUGGCGGUGCCAUAGUGAAGAUUGUAGAUGCUCAUCACCCACCACCUCACCAUCCACCACCCGCCCAGCAAAAACAGAACGGUCUACAGUCCCUUGUGAAAGGCGUCAUAUUGGGUGGCAUCGGAGCUAUGUUGUUGGGAAAAUAG